AUGAGUUAAAUGUAAACAAAGUCAGUCAGCUAGCUAUGGCCUAGUACGCGGAGCAUAUUAUCAGUGCGCGGACAGGUCUAAGCGUAUUCAACUACCCACAAAAAUGAAGCUUCAAGUCUUGACGUUCCUAGGGUUCAUCACUGUCGGCAGUGGCGAUGUAUUCACGCAUGAAGAGAGCGAGGACAUCAAGGGUUACCUUGAAACUAUGAUGGGGUGUCACAACAUCCCCGGCCUCACCAUCGCCGUGAUCAAGGGUAACGACAGCUGGACUCUACCCUUGGGGUAUGCAGACACAGCGGCAAAGAGGGCGGUGACUGAUGAGACGCUGUUCGGAAUAGGUUCGAUAACAAAAUCAAUAACUGCAACGCUCAUUGCUGUGAUGAUUGACGAAUCAGAAGGAAAGAUAACGUUCGACACCCCUGUUUCCGAACUUCUGGGAGUAGGCUACCAGUUCCCCGAUGACUUUCAGACAAGGGAGACAACUAUUAAAGAUGUUUUGAGUCACCGGACAGGAAUAGCAGCACUGAAUCUCGCCAUGCUAUUCGGAAUUCCUCCGGGGAUUUCGAGAGAAGACUUUUCUAAACUUGUAGGAAUGAUGACCUCUAAGCCAUUUCGAGGAGAGAUGCUGUACAGCAACUUCAUGUACAUGCUGGCUGGGCAUAUCACAGAGAAGGUUUGGGGAGCAUCGUGGGAGGAGAAUCUCAAGACCAAGUUGUUUCAAAAGAUCGGCAUGGCGUCCACAGAAGCCAUUUCAGGGGACGCUGACAUUACAGGCGACAAAUACGCCCGUCCAUACGUCUAUCUGAGGGGCGAAGUAGUAGAAGGUGAUCCGUCUCCAUUUGAUAUUAGUACCGUGGGCCCAGCCGGUGGACUGGCUACCAACAUCAAGGACAAGGUUAAGUUCAUGAGGUUUAUGUUAAACAAAGGGAAACUAGAGAAUGGAACGCAAUUAAUCAAGGAAGCGACCCUACAGCAACUGUGGCAGCCUGUCAUUCCUCUGCCUCCGUUCGUGGUGUUCAUGAUGGAGAGGCUCUCUCCACAGUGGCCCGUGGCCGACAUAUCAACCGGCUAUGGCAUGGGUUGGUUCAAGAAUGUCUACAGGGGGCGUCGAAACAUGUGGCACGCUGGAGGUCUCCACAGCUACAAUUCUCUCCUGUGGCUCUUCCCUGAUAGUGACAUGGGACUGCACAUAAGCAUGAAUGGACCAACAUCUUCAAGUUCUAAAUCUCCCCAAAACAUGCUGGUGUCAGCAUUGUAUUACGUCACAGAUAUCCUGCUCGGGGAAACACCAUGGCUGGACAGAGAAACAGUCUGCACUUUCCCUAAACCCUGGUUGGACUUGGCAAUGUUUAUGCCUCCGCCUGACAAAGAUGACACACCUAUCAAGCCUGAGUACCCCCUGUCUGAGUAUGCUGGUAGUUAUUUCAACCCCUUGGUUGGCGAGUUCUCUGUAACCUUCGACAAGUCAACAGAUCAACUGCAAGUGAAAUUGAAUAAAUUAGAUGGUGUACUGGUGCCGAAAAGGGAUGGAUCUUUUGGAUUAGAGUGUAAAGGCGUGUAUGAGUUCUUAACAUGGCCCGAGAAAGAUAAUCCUAUGUAUAUGUACAACGCUGUGUUCAUUAGGGGAGCGGAUUCCUUUGAUGGUGUUGAUUUGGUAAUGGCUAUACCCAUAGAUUCACCCAUUAGGUUUCAAGUUCAGCGUGUUGAUGACGUGAAAACUGAACUUUGAAUUUGUUUAUUCACUCACUUUUCAGGAUAAACAUAAAUUGCUUAUUACAUACA